CUCCAAAAGACUUGUUGUCGUUUUAAGAACUGCUAAAAAUCCGUCCAAAAUGUCGCACAAAGUUGUUUUUGUGUGAAAAAAUUGGUGAUAAACAACUUAUUCAUUUUUAAGGCAUGAAAAAUUUUUGUAUGCAUAAUUUGAUGUGGAAUCGAGAGCUUUGUUUGUGAAAAUCUUCUUGAUUUGAAAGUGAGGUUAGGUAUUUAAAUGGAGAGUGCCGCAGAUUCGGGUGUUGGUAGUGAAACGGAACCGUGUUUUGAGACUGAAGUGAAUAAUGUGGGUGAAAAUGGACAAAAUGAAGUGGAAAUUCAUGAGGAAGUGAGAAAAUGUGAACGCACUCCGGAGCAAAAUGAUAGGCAAAUUGACAACUCUAUUUUCAACACCAUCUCUAAAAUCGUCAACCCUGCGGCAAAGGUGCCGGAGAUUAAAGACUUCAAGAUAGUCAAGCCAAUCAGCAGAGGAGCCUUUGGGAAGGUUUUCCUUGGCUACAAGAAGACAAACCCUGAGCAGGUUUACGCGAUUAAAGUGAUGAAGAAAAUCGAGAUGAUCCACAAAAACAUGGCCUCCCAAGUGGUCAUUGAACGAAACGCCUUGGCCAUAACCCGAAGUCCCUACUGUGUCCAACUCUUCUAUUCUCUUCAAACUCUCACGUGUGUUUAUCUCGUCAUGGAAUACAUGGUCGGCGGUGAUCUCAAAAGUCUCUUGGGCCACUACGGUUACAUGUUGGAGUCCAUGGCAGCGUUUUACACCGCAGAAGUGACUCUAGCUUUGGAAUAUCUUCACUCCCACGGAAUAGUUCACAGGGAUUUAAAACCAGACAACAUGCUUCUUUCGAAAGAAGGCCACGUGAAACUAACAGAUUUUGGUCUGAGCAAAAUCUCAACACUCCACAGAGACCUUGAAAUAUCAGACCUUGUAAAUUGCACCCCCAGUUUAUUAGCGAGAACUCCUGGUCAACUUCUUUCCCUGACCUCUCAUCUUUCUUUUGGCUCUGGCCAGAAAUCAGCGAGCGAUUCGAAUCUUCUUGAUUCCAGUGAAAGAAGCAAUCCUGCCUGCAAUUUGCUUCCAGCACUUCAGCGCAAGUCUUUCCGAGCUUCUCUAAGUUCCUGUGGUUCGACACCUUCUGCAGACUGUUCUCGGCUUUCCGGUAUCAAUCCCUUUCACUCUGCUGAAGAUUUGUCGAAAUUUGCAGUAAGGGAUGAUGGGGAUUUCAACAAUUCCGGAAGCUAUCAUACUUGUAAUGCUUCUUUGAAUAGUGCCUCGAGGACUGAAAUUCCUCUAGCGAUGCAAGCUAAUAGUCAGCAUACUGAAGAGGAGGAAGAGUCAACUUUGGAAGCUGAAGGGACGCAUGCUUUGUCGCAAAUAAGUCCUUUAAGUAGCUGCGUGAAUUCCUUUGUUAGAGGGUCCAAGAGAAAAAGACUGAAUAAUCAUACGGCGAGUACUGGAUUGACGAGAGAGAUUAGUGUGAUGGAAAUAGAAGGAAAUGUAACUCCCAAGAGGAAGAAUAGAGGACCAAUGUUUGAUUGUAAUAAAAGCCCGAUUAGUAUGGCUUCUAAUUUUAUAAAGGAUAAGGCUGGAGUUAAAGGAAAAUCUAGUGGAGAGAGUGGGUCUGGGGGAAGAGUGGCCUUUAGUACCCCUGUUUCUGCGAAUAAACUGAAGGCUUGGCCUGAUAGGAAAAAGCAGCUGAUGGAGGAGGAAAGAUCUGGACUGAUCAAGACAACUAGAUUCGAUUUACCUUCUAGGACUCAAAGUUCAGCUCCGGAUAUGAGCGCCGAUGCUCUUCAUGAGCAACAUAGAUCUCCUCAAGGCAUUUCGCCGAUUAAGACUCCAGCGCCUAGUGGAAAUGGCAGCUUCGCACCUUAUAGGACGCCAAAAUCUGUAAGAAGAGGAGCCCAAUCAGGCUUGAAUCGAUCUGACGAUAGAAUCCUUGGGACUCCAGAUUAUUUGGCACCAGAAUUACUUAGGAGGCAAGGGCACGGUCCGGCUGUAGAUUGGUGGGCCCUGGGCGUCUGUUUAUACGAAUUUUGUACGGGAAUUCCACCCUUUAAUGACGAGUCGCCGCAGGCGGUGUUCGCCAAUAUUCUUGCGAGGGAUGUGCCCUGGCCUGAAGACGAGGAAGCUCUUUCAGAAUCUGCUAUAAAAGCGAUCGACUCUCUUCUUACUCUGGACCAACAUGCAAGACCAACUGCAACCGAGGUUCGAAAAAUGGCUCUCUUUACCGACUUUCCUUGGGAUGAACCCCAGAAAGCGAUGCCACCUUUCGUCCCUCAACCAGAUGACAAUUACGACACGUGUUAUUUUCAAGCACGGAACAUUUUGCAGCACUUGGACGUGAGCAGCUGCGAGACUUAGCCCUCGUCAUAAACAAAUUGGAAAUUGGAAUAAGAGAUGAAAGAAGAAUUAGGGCUUGUAUUUUAUUUUUAUAUACUAGAGCGUAUGUAUAGUCACCUAAACUAGUAUCUUUUACAGUCUGUAACACGAAUUACAUUUCUAGAGGAUUUAUCAAAUAAACUCGACUUUUUAAACUGCUUUUAA